GUAACAACAACUGUAAUGGGUUUGAAUGGCCAGUCCACUCCAGCCGACAGUGGGACAUUUUCACCCCUGGAUCCUGACUCCAGUCCUAUGAAAGCGGUUACCAUCAGUCCAACCAGUGUGACCCCAACUUGGACAAACAACACAACUGCUUCUAAUUCCAUGGGUGGCAUAAAGAGUACGAAUGAGAAUCUGCAGAUGAGCUUUGCAAAUCAGAUAGGUGAUAACAGCACGGAUUCAGGUCCAGGAAGCAAUGGGACUUCAGGAGAUACCACAGCAGAACCUCAUCCAGUGAUGGAUCUGCAUGCUGCCUUCGUGGGGGUGACGCACGUGACUCUUACCUGGAAGAGUGAUAACAUCACGGACACCUGCCAGAUGCUCCUUGAAGGAAGCCAGGAGUCAACCGAAAACUUAAUGGUCAAUAUUUCUGACCUGAAGCUGGGGAGUCAGUACACGGUCACCCUGUAUCCUUUAGGAUCAAAUGAAACACAGGGAAGCCCCCUGUCGACAGAAAAUGGCUUGGAUGCCGGCAACACAGACAGCUUGCCUGGGGGUCCCGCGACCCCUGGGUCCAAAUACCGACUGGAACGUGCAGGCCCGUCCUCUGACCCUUCUCUGGCCCAGGACACCGUGAAAGUCUUGCUUCUCAGGUUAAAGCCUGACACACAGUACAAGGCCACAGUCUAUCCCCGAGCUGUUAAUGGUGCUGAAGGACAGCCCCAGGCUACAGAGUUCAAAACGAAUCCCAGUCAGGUUUUUGACAUCAAAUUUGUGAACAUCAGUGCCACCAGCUUGACCAUGACCUGGAAGAUCAAUGAUAAUGAGUCAUCUUCAGUCUAUACCUACAAGAUACAAGUUGUGGGCGAGACAGAUUCCUUCAAUCUCACAGUCAAUGAGACUUACGCCGUCAUCACUGCGCUCAGCUCAGGCACCUUGUACAACAUCACGGUGUACCCUUUCCUCGACGGUUCCGAGGGCACACCAGGCUUCAUCCAGGUUUACACCCCCCCCAGUCCAGUUUCUGACUUUAGAGUGACAAGUGUCAGCACAAGGGAAAUUGGCUUAGCAUGGAACAGCAGUGACUCUCAUUCUUUUGAGAUACAUAUCACACCUCGUGAAGCUGGAAAACCUCCAAUCAUCACCACCACCAAACAAAGUAUUGUUAUUGGUGACUUAUACCCUGGAACCAAGUAUCAUUUUGACAUAUAUCCACAAGGACCAAAUGGAACUAAAGGGGAUUCCCAAACAGUUUCCACUACAACUGAUCCCAGUGCAGUGUUUGACAUCCAUGUUGUUAACGUCACCACAACCGACAUGCAGCUGCAGUGGCGGAACACAGACAACGCUACCGGGUACAUCUACAGCGUAGAAAUAUGGUCUGAACAUGGCUCUGAUUUGAAAAACAGUUCUCACACAGGGAUCACCUUCCACGGCCUGACCCCGGGCACCUUAUAUACAAUCACAGUCACCCCUAAGAUGAACUUGGUCCAGGGGGUGGCCAACUCCACUCUGCAGUACACACGGCCCAACAAUGUGUCCAGCAUUGAGAUAACGACCAAUACCACAGCAGCAACCUUAAACUGGCAGAAUGUUGAUAAAGCCUCUUCAAACUACACCUACUGCCUUCUUAUUGGGCAGAAUGGAAGUUCCAGCAAUGCCACGCCAAUAGUCACAGGCAUCGGCGUUACCCAUGCUACAGUCACCAAGUUAAUACCUGGUUCCUUCUACACUGUAGAGAUCUUCACGCAGGUGGGAGAUGUCAAGUCACCUGCACCCGGCAGGCAGUCAUUCUGUACAGACCCUGAGCCGGUAGCCUCCUUCAAGUGUGAAGCAGUCCCCAAGAAGGCCACCUUGGUCCUUAGGUGGGCCUGCCCUUUAGGCACCAACGCAGGCUUUGAGCUGGAGGUCAGCCAUGGAUACUGGAAAAAUACAACAACUGUGGAGGGCUGCUCCUCAAAGAACAGCUCUGAGUUCACGAUGGAAGUCAUGCAUUUGAAUUUUUCUACCUUGUACGACAUCAGCAUUGCUACCUGGUCCUGUAACAAGAAGGCACCGCCCGCCCGAAACACCUGCCUCUCUGGCAUCACAGACCCCCCUCUUCCAGAUGGGUCCCCCAAUAUCACAUCUGUCAGUCACAAUUCAGUGAAGGUCAAGUUCAGCGGGUUUGAAGCCAGCCAUGGACCUAUCAAAGCCUACGCACUUGUUCUCACCAGUGUGGAUGCUGUUUCGCCAUCGGCAGAUAUUUUGAGAUUCACAUAUGAUGACUUCAAAAGGAGGGCCUCGAAUACAUAUGUGACGUACCUCAUAACGACAGAAGCAAAGAGACGUGCUCAGGGCUUGUCUGAAGUCUUGAAAUACGAAGUUGAUGUUGGCAACGAGUCCAUCACACAUGGCUACUACAACGGGAAGCUGGAACCCCUGGGCUCCUAUCGGGCUUGUGUGGCCGGAUUCACCAGUAUUGCCUUCAGCCCUCACGGCAAGGGACUCAUAGAUGGGAACGAGAGCUACGUGUCCUUCAGUCCCUGGUCAGAGGCCGUUUUCUUGCCCCAGGAUCCAGGCGUCAUCUGUGGAGCAGUGUUCGGAUGUAUCUUUGGUGCCCUGGUUAUCGUGGCCGUGGGAGGCUUCAUCUUCUGGAGGAAGAAAAGGAAAGAUGCAAAGAACAAUGAGGUGACCUUUUCUCAAAUUAAACCUAAAAGAUCCAAGUUAAUCAAAGUGGAGAAUUUUGAGGCCUACUUCAAGAAACAGCAAGCUGACUCCAACUGUGGGUUUGCAGAAGAAUAUGAAGAUCUGAAGCUUGUUGGAAUUAACCUGCCUAAGUAUGCAGCUGAACUGGCUGAGAACAGAGGAAAGAAUCGCUAUAACAACGUUCUGCCCUAUGACAUUUCCCGUGUCAAACUUUCAGUUCAGACCCAUUCGACCGACGACUACAUCAAUGCCAACUACAUGCCUGGCUACCAUUCCAAAGAAGAUUUCAUCGCCACGCAAGGACCUCUGCCCAACACUCUGAAAGAUUUUUGGCGUAUGGUUUGGGAGAAAAAUGUCUAUGCCAUUGUCAUGCUGACCAAAUGUGUUGAACAGGGAAGGACCAAAUGUGAGGAGUACUGGCCCUCCAAGCAGGCUCAGGAUUACGGGGACAUAGCUGUGGCAAUGACGUCUGAAAUUGUUCUUCCAGAAUGGACCGUCAGAGACUUCACAGUGAAAAAUACUCCGACAAGUGAGAGUCACCCUCUGCGUCAGUUCCACUUCACCUCCUGGCCUGACCACGGUGUUCCUGACGCCACCGAUCUGCUCAUCAACUUCCGCUACCUUGUUCGUGACUACAUGAAGCAGAGUCCGCCUGAGUCGCCAGUACUGGUGCAUUGCAGUGCUGGGGUGGGAAGGACGGGCACUUUCAUUGCCAUCGAUCGUCUUAUCUAUCAGAUAGAGAACGAGAGCACUGUGGACGUGUACGGCAUCGUGUACGACCUUCGCAUGCACAGGCCUUUAAUGGUGCAAACAGAGGACCAGUAUGUUUUCCUCAAUCAGUGUGUUUUGGAUAUUAUCAGAUCCCAGAAGGACUCAAAAGUGGAUCUUAUCUACCAGAACACAACUGCAAUGACAAUCUAUGAGAACCUUGCGCCCAUAACCACGUUUGGAAAGACAAAUGGUUACAUCGCCUGAUUCCAAAGGAAACCCUUUCUGGAGUUAACCAGACCGUCACACCCACAGCAGAGGAAAAUGCCCCGAUGUUGACAUGUUUUUAUAUGUCUAAUAUCCUAAUUCUUUGUUCUGUUUUGUUAGAACUAAUUUG